AUGAAGAACUCAAUGGCCCUCCUGGCGAUGGCCGCCAGCUUCGGCCCUGCCACUGCCACUUUCAACUUCGGUUCCAACUGGCAGAACGCUGGUUCCUUUACCUGCCCUGGCAACUCCAACAACGAGUGCAAGGACGAGUACAAGGGAGGAUUUGACUGGAGCGACCUGACUACCGGUUCCUUCAGCUCCUACAAUGGCUUCAACUUCAAGGGCUGGUCCUGCGGAGAGAGCGCAGCUUGGGGCAAGAGGACCGGCGGUAGCAAGGUGAUCAAGGCUAGCUGUGGCAAGGAGUCUACCCCCUCAUUCGGCUGUGGCUCCAACUCUGGUGUCGAUAAGUUCACUGUCAGCCACUUCGACAUUGAUGUCGAGUUUGACUGCCGUCUUGAGUUCCACUACAAGAUGCCCGGCGGCUCCACCUGCAAGCAAUCCUCCAGCUGCAAGAAGGGUGGAAACAAGAUCUCCAACUCCCAGUGCGGUGGUGCUACCGAUGUUGAGAUUCACUGGCCUGUCCAGGACUCUCCCAAGCCCAGCUGUGACAUCCAAAUCCCCUCCAUUGGCUUCGACUGUGGCGACCACACUCCCCCCAAGACUACCUCUGUUCCUGUCGUGAGCAAGACCAAGACUCACCCCGGCGGUGGUCAUGGCACUACCAGCACUGCUGUUGUUCCCUCCAAGUCUCACCCUGGCGGUCCCGAGAGCAGCUCAGUCGUUCCCUCCAAGUCGCACCCCGGUGGCCCUGAGAGCAGCUCUGUUGUUCCUUCCAAGUCGCACCCCGGUGGCCCUGAGAGCAGCUCUGUUGUUCCCUCUAAGUCGCGCCCUGGCAGCUCUGUUCCCACCAAGUCCCACCCCGAGACCACCCCCAUCCCCUCCAACACCGGCUCCUCUGUGAUCCCCAGCCAGUCCUCUCCCGCUACCACCCCUGGCGGCCCUGAGACCACCUCCGCUCCCGUGCCAUCAACCUCUGAGGGUAACAGCCCAUCUUCUUCCGAGGAGAGCAGCUCGUCCACCACCGAGGAGAACGGUCCCUCCACCACUGGCGAGAACAGCCCUUCCACCACUGGAAACAACAGCCCCUCUUCUCCUUCCGAGACUCAGAGCGUUCCCGAGACAACCAUCACUACCACCUAUGACAGCACCUCAACCAUCUUUACCACCACCACCAAGACCAUCACUUCUUGCGGUCCUGAGAUCCCUGACUGCCCUGCUAGUGGUACUCCCAGCACUCCCAUCAUUGUGACCGAGACUGUCCCAGUGACCACCACUGUCUGCCCUGUCACCGAGACCAUUGUCCCCUCGCACACUUCUGGCAACUCCCCAGUCCAGUCGUCCAAGCCCCCCUCUUCCGGCUCCCCCUCUUCCGGCUCUGUUCCCUCUGCUUCUCACACUUCUGGCAACUCCCCGGUCCCCACCGGAACUCCCGACUCUCCUCUUCCUUGCCCCGAUGUCGUUCCCAAGUGUCUCAACUCUUGGCUCCACCUUGUUGAGCAGUGCUCCAACAACCUGGAUGUUGCUUGCUUCUGCCCCAACUCCGACUUCGUUGAGAAGACCUUCCAGUGUAUCUACUCUUACGGUGGAAGCGACGACAUCGUUGCCGAGGCUGCUGCUUUCUUCCAGGGUAUGUGCGCUGGCUACGUUGGCGAGAACCCUGCUAUCGUCACUGGCAUUGACACCAUCACCAACAUCCUCACUGUCACUGGAACUCCCGUUGUCUCCGUUCCCUACACCACUAUCGUGAUCGAGACCACCCUCACUGAGCCUUGUGUCACCGGUGGCACCACCAUCCCUGGCAGCAGCACCACCAAGACCAUCUCCACUGAGGUCACCAUCCCCAACAUCUCGGUGCCUUCCGCCACUGCCACCGCCACUGCCGGUCCUUCCACCACUGGAGCCAACAGCCCUGCCAACCCCACUGCUUCCACCCUCACCACCAAGCCUCCUGUUGGCACCAUCAGCCAGGUCGUUCCUACCACCAAGCCCACCGGUGUCCCCAUCGCUGCUGGUAACAACGUCAAGGCAAGCCUGGGUCUUGGCCUGGCCGCCAUGCUCUUCGCCGCCGCUAUGUAA